AUGUCUGGGAUCAAGAGAGUAAUCGUGGAGAAGGACCCUGACUAUGAGGAGAUCACCGUCACGCUUCCCAACAAGCGUCACAAAGCAGCCGAGCAGUCAGCUCGAGAUGUUGCUGUUCAGAAGAUUGAGACAAUUAUAAAAGAACAGUUUGCAGUCGAAAUGAAGAGUAAAGAACACGAAAUUGAAGUUAUAGAUCAGCGCCUGAUUGAAGCAAGAAGGAUGAUGGAUAAGCUGCGUGCCUGUAUUGUGGCUAACUAUUACGCAUCUGCCGGUCUCCUUAAAGCUGGAGAGGGGACCAGGUCAUGUGAUGCAACAAUUCUUAAUCACCCUUCAAUCAAGAAAUUCUUGGAAUCACCCUCCAGAUCGUCGUCUCCAGCUAACCAGGGCUCAGACACUCCAUCUGCCAACCACUCCGAGAGUGACUCGCUCUCUCAGCACAAUGACUUUCUCCUGGACAAGGACAGUGGCAACUUGGACGCAGACGAGCGGCUGACAAACAGCCUGGACCAGAGACAGAGCAGAAAUACUGGCCGGGACAGUUCGGGUGUUUCAAACUCUCAAAAACCAGGACAACGAAAUGCCGGACUGUCAAAUGAUGAAACUUCACGGCUUUAUGUGAAGAAAACGAUUGUGGUUGGCAACGUCUCCAAAUACAUUCCCCCUGACAAGAGAGAAGAAAACGAUCAGUCAACCCAUAAAUGGAUGGUGUAUGUCCGAGGCUCUCGGAGAGAACCCAGCAUAAAUCACUUUGUCAAGAAAGUUUGGUUCUUCCUCCAUCCCAGUUACAAACCUAAUGACCUGGUAGAAGUGAGAGAACCUCCGUUUCACCUCACCAGGAGAGGCUGGGGAGAAUUCCCUGUGAGAGUCCAGAUACACUUCAAGGAUAGCCAGAACAAGAGGAUUGACAUCAUACACAAUUUGAAGUUGGACAGGACCUACACAGGCUUGCAGACACUUGGCGCAGAAACGGUAGUGGAUGUGGAGCUACAUAGGCAUUCCCUUGGUGAGGAGUAUCUCUUCUCCCAGUCUUCGGAGUCUGACCUUUCUGACGUUCCUACAUCUUUACCGCUGCCGUUGAGUAUCCCAGCACCAGUCAAAGCUUCUUCGCCAAUUAAACAGUUGCGGGACUCCAGCCCAGAUGCUUCUGCGGACAAAGGAUUCCCUGGGAAUGCUGAAACCGAAAGACAUGCCACGUUUUAUUCCCUGCCAUCUUCGAUAGAACGGACUCCCACCAAGUUAGCCACACAGAAAGUUGCCUUUGGCUCUCAUGGAAAUUCAGCUUUUCAACCCAUUGCAGCUAGCUGUAAAAUAGUGCCUCAAGGUCAGAGUCCAAGCCCUGCAGAGUCGCCAGGAAAAUCCUUCCAGCCUAUCACCAUGAGUUGCAAGAUUGUAUCAGGUUCUCCAAUAUCGACCCCUAGUCCAUCUCCGCUACCUCGUACCCCAACCUCCACUCCGGUGCACAUGAAGCAAGGCUCUGCUAGUUCAGUCAUUAAUAAUCCGUAUAUUAUUGUGGACAAGCCUGGACAGAUGGUUGGAGCAGCAGCCACAAGCACAGGGAGCCCAACCAGCAAACUGGCCAGUGUUUGUCAGGCCUCUCACGGAACUGGAUCUCCUGUAUCAAAGACCCAUGGGAGCAGUUUUGUCACCUCAGUUGUGAAGCAGGAGGAUGCUCUGUUUGCCACCAUGCCACCCCUUUGUCCCAUCGGGAGUCAUUCCAAGGUGCAAAGCCCUAAAUCAGUCACUGGAGGACUCGGAGCUUUUACGAAGGUGAUAAUAAAGCAGGAGCCUGGAGAGCUGCCCCAGCAACCCCAACUACCGGUGACAGGGACAAGCACGCAAACCUCUGUGCAGCAAUAUGUCACUGUAAAAGGGAGCCACAUGUUAGCCUUGUCACCGCAGAAGCCGGUCGUGAGCACAGGCGAGGGGACGGUGCAGUCUAAGGUUGUUGGCGUUCCAGUUGGUUCUGCUUUACAGUCGACAGUGAAACAAGCGGUGGCUAUCAGUGGUGGGCAGAUACUUGUGGCAAAAUCUAGCUCUUCAGUAGCAAAGGCUGUUGGUCCGAAACAGGUUGUGACUCAAGGUGUAGCCAAAGCCAUCGUGAGUGGAGGUGGAGGGACAAUUGUUGCUCAGCCUGUGCAGACCAUAACAAAGGCGCAAGUCUCUUCCACAGGUGCUCAGAAAACUACAUCUCAAGGCUCAGUGAUGGCCACCCUGCAAUUACCAGCCACCAACCUGGCAAACUUGGCAAACUUACCACCAGGCACCAAACUGUACCUCACCACCAACAGCAAGAAUCCUUCUGGGAAAGGAAAACUGCUUCUGAUACCCCAAGGAGCCAUACUACGAGCCACAAAUAAUGCUAGUCUCCAAUCUGGUUCUUCUACGAAUAGUGGAGGAGGAGGAGGAGGAGCAACUCAAAGCACAAGCAGCAGUAACUUGUCACAGCACCUCACCUAUACAUCCUACAUCCUGAAGCAGACACCCCAGGGUACCUUUCUGGUUGGCCAGCCUUCUCCUCAGAGUUCUGGGAAGCAGCUGACUCCAACUUCAGUUGUUCAAAGCAAUGUAGGAGUUGGAGCAUCUUCCACACAAGGACAAGCGCUAAAAGUGAUAACUGGACAGAAAACAGCUCUAUUUACACAG